AUGAGCGUGCUGGGGUCCUGGCCACCCUGUCCCCCGGGGCGGGGCCCUGUCCCAGUGUUUGUUCUCGGAGCUGUCCUAUACAAAAACUUAGAUCUCAUUUUACCUACUUUGAGAAACUUCACCGUCGUCAACUCCAAAGUCAUCGUGGUCACCAUCAGGCCGGAACCCAGAGCCACGGAUUCGUUUCUGGAGAUAGAGCUGGCUCACCUGGCGAACGGUACCUUGAACCCCUACUGCGUGUUGUGGGACGACUCUAAAACGAACCACUCGCCGGGAGCGUGGUCCACGCGGGGAUGCAGAACCGUGCUCACGGAUGCAUCCCACACGAAAUGCUUGUGUGAUCGUCUCUCCACCUUCGCCAUUUUGGCUCAGCAACCUAGAGAAAUAAUCAUGGAAUCCUCUGGCACACCCUCAGUGACCCUCAUAGUGGGCAGUGGCCUUUCCUGCUUGGCCCUGAUCACCCUGGCCGUGGUCUACGCAGCGUUAUGGAGGUAUAUACGCUCUGAGAGGUCCAUAAUUCUGAUUAACUUCUGCCUGUCUAUCAUCUCAUCUAACAUCCUCAUACUGGUUGGACAGACUCAGACACAUAAUAAGACCAGGGAAGGGCCCAAGGGGAAGGCCUCUAACUCUGAAAGACAAAACGAGACCAACAACCCAAUCAAGAAUCUUGGAGAACUCUUCCUCCUGUCACCUGCUCAUCUUGACCACCACGGCUUCGGCUGUCCUCAGAACCUCAUUCCUCUGGAGCUCAGGGCUCACAUCCCAGUCACGGCAUGGCAGCUGCAGAAGUGA